UAGAGAAGCCAGUCAGCGUCGCCGCGGUUCCCGGUUACAAAGUCCCCACGGUCCCGCUGGGACUCAGAUUCUCCCCCGACACCGAGGAUGGGGGUCAUGGCGCCCCGAACCCUCCUCCUGCUGCUCUCGGGGGCCCUGGUCCUAACCGAGACCCGGGCGGGCUCCCACUCCCUGCGGUAUUUCUACACCGCCGUGUCCCGGCCCGGCCGCGGGGAGCCCCGCUUCAUCUCCGUCGGCUACGUGGACGACACGCAGUUCUCGCGGUUCGACGGCGACGCCGCAAGUCCGAGGAUGGAGCCGUGGGCGCCGUGGGUGGAGCAGGAGGGGCCGGAGUACUGGGAGCGGGAGACACGGAACGUCCAGGGCCACACACAGUCUUUGCGAAGGUGUAUGAACAUCGUGCGCGGCGACCACAACCAGAGCGAGGCCGGGUCUCACACCCUCCAGAGGAUGAUUGGCUGCGACGUGGGGCCAGACGGGCACUUUCUCCGCGGAUACUGGGAGAUCGCCUACGACGGCGCCGAUUACAUCGCCCUGAACGAGGACCUGCGCUCCUGGACCGCGGCGGACUCGGUGGCUCAGAUCACCCUGAGCAGGGAGAAGGAGGCCGGUGAGACGGAGCAAGUGAGGGCCUACCUGGAGGGGGAGUGCGUGGAGUCGCUCCGCAGACACCUGGAGAACGGGAAGGAGACGCUGCAGCGCGCAGAUCCCCCAAAGACACACGUGACCCACCAUCCCAUCUCUGACCGUGAGGCCACCCUGAGGUGCUGGGCACUGGGCUUCUACCCUGCAGAGAUCACCAUAACUUGGCAACGUGAUGGGGAGGACCAGACCCAGGACACGGAACUUGUGGAGACCAGGCCUGCAGGGGAUGGAACCUUCCAGAAGUGGGCGGCUUUGGUGGUGCCUUCUGGAGAGGAGCUGAAAUACACGUGCCAUGUGCAACACAAGGGACUUCCUGAUCCCCUCACCCUGAGAUGGGAGCCGCAUCCUCAGCCUACCAUCCCCACUGUGGCCAUUGUUGCUGUCCUGGUUCUCCUUGGAGCUGUGGUUGCUGGAGCUGUGGUUGCUGUUGUGAUGUGGAGGAAGAAGAGCUCAAGUGUAAAAGGAGGGAGCUACACUCACGCUGCUACAUGAGACAGCUGCCUUGUAAAGACUGAGCGAUGCUGUUUGUUCACACCUCCCCUUUGUGACUUAAGAACGCUCUUUCUGCAAAUGGCAUCUGAAUGUGUCUGCACUCCUAUUAGUAUGACGUGAGGUGUGGAAGACCAGCCCAUCCCUGCCCACCAAGACCUCUCCUCACCCUGACCUGUGUCCCUUUUCCACUCAACUUGCCUCUAAGCAGAGGUGGGGCUGGAAGGUCUAUACCCCAUCUCAACUUCAUGGUGAGCUAAAGACAGCUUUUUACUUCUCUAAUGAGAAUGAGAAUCUGAAUAUGUUUGUUUUUUCAAAUUCUUGCUGUGAGGGGUUGACAGAUUAAUUGAAAGAGAGGAAGGUUUGUAAAAUUUGAGAGUGGAAAUAAAUGGAAACAAUGAGAACUUUCUAGAAUCCAUG